UCUAUUUGGGAAGUUGGCUGGCUCUCAAGGCAGAGUCUCUUCUCAAAGGCUGUUUCACAGUGAAAAUAUGCUCAGUGCAGCCGAGUGCAUGAAUGAAAAAGCCUCUGGUACCUUCUAGUCUGGCAAAAUGCAGCACAAAACUCAACUUACUCUGUCUUUUCUGCUGUCCCAGGUUCUGCUGCUUGCAUGUGCAGAAGAUUUAGAAUGUGUCCCUGGAUUCCAGCAGAAGGUUUUUUAUAUAGAAAAGCCGUCUGAAUUCACAGAGGACCAGCUGAUUCUGAACCUGAAAUUUGAUGACUGCCAGGGGAACAACAAAUUGAACUUUGAAGUUUCUAACCCAGACUUUACAGUGGAACUUGAUGGGAAUUUGGUUGCACUCAAGAAUGUAUCAGAAGUUGGCAGAGCCUUGUUCGUCCACGCGCGGUCGGAGCACGCCGAGGACAUGGCAGAAAUCUUUAUUCUUGAAGCAAAUGAGAAACGUGGUGCAUUAAAGGAAAUCUUAAAACUAGAAGGCAACCUUGGAAUUCCAAGACAAAAAAGGGCUAUUUUGGCAACUCCAAUAUUAAUUCCUGAAAAUCAAAGACCACCGUUUCCCAGAUCAGUCGGCAAGGUCAUCAGAAGUGAAGGGACAGACGGAGUAAAAUUCCGGCUCUCUGGAAAGGGAGUAGAUCAAGACCCAAAAGGAAUUUUUAGAAUCAAUGAAAUGAACGGGGACGUCUCCGUGACCCGAAGCCUUGAUCGAGAAGCAAUUGCCAAUUACGAGCUGGAAGUUGAGGUGGUGGAUAUGAAUGGGAAGACCAUUGACGGCCCAGUCCGCCUGGACAUCUCGGUCAUCGAUCAAAACGACAACAGGCCCAUGUUCAAGGAGGGCCCCUACGUUGGUCAUGUCAUGGAGGGAUCUGCCACAGGAACCACCGUGAUGCGCAUGGCAGCGUUCGACGCCGACGACGCCAGCACGGACAACGCUCUCCUGCGCUACAACAUCCUCAAGCAGACCCCCACCAAACCCUCCCCAAACAUGUUCUACAUCGACCCAGAGAAGGGAGACAUUGUCACAGUGGUGUCACCCGCGCUGCUGGACAGGGAGACUAUGGAAAGCCCGAAGUAUGAGCUGGUUAUAGAAGCCAAGGACAUGGGUGGGAUGGAUGUGGGACUGACGGGCACAGCCACUGCCACCAUUCUUAUCGAUGACAAAAAUGACCACGCACCAGAAUUCACCAAGAAGGAGUUCCAGGCCACAGUGAAGGAGGGGGUGACAGGUGUAAUAGUGAACUUAACUGUGGGUGACCGGGACGACCCCGCCACCGGGGCGUGGAGAGCCGUCUACUCCAUCAUUAACGGGAACCCAGGGCAGAGCUUUGAGAUCCACACCAACCCCCAGACUAAUGAGGGGAUGCUCUCUGUUGUCAAGCCCUUAGACUACGAGAUCUCGGCCUUCCACACGCUGCUGAUCAAAGUGGAAAACGAAGACCCGCUGAUCCCAGACAUCGCCUACGGCCCCAGCUCCACAGCCACCGUCCAGAUCACUGUGGAGGACGUCAACGAGGGCCCCGUUUUCCACCCAAACCCCAUGGCAGUGACCAAGCAGGAGAACAUCCCCGUUGGCAGCGUGGUGCUCACGGUGAACGCCACCGACCCCGACACCCUGCAGCACCAGACCAUCAGGUACUCAGUGUACAAGGACCCAGCAGGGUGGCUGGAAAUCAACCCCACCAAUGGCACGGUUGGCACCACGGCAGUGCUGGACAGGGAAUCUCCCUUCGUGCAGAACAACGUCUACACUGCUCUGUUCCUGGCCAUCGACAGUGGUAACCCUCCUGCUACGGGUACUGGAACUUUGCACAUCACCUUGGAGGAUGUCAAUGACAACGUCCCAUCCCUUUAUCCAACACUGGCAAAAGUUUGUGACGACGCAAAAGAUCUCAGGGUAGUGGUUCUAGGAGCAUCAGACAAAGAUCUUCACCCCAACACAGACCCAUUCAAAUUUGAACUCAGCAAGCAAUCCGGCCCAGAAAAGUUGUGGAGAAUCAACAGGCUUAACAAUACCCAUGCCCAGGUCAUCCUGCUUCAGAACCUGAAAAAGGCCAAUUACAACAUCCCCAUCUCAGUGACAGAUUCUGGAAAACCUCCUCUGACCAACACCACAGAACUGAGAUUACAAGUGUGUACCUGCAAGAAAUCCAAAAUGGACUGCAGUGCAUCUGAUGCUCUCCACAUCAGCCUGACCCUAAUCCUCCUUUCACUCCUCAGUUUAUUUUGUCUGUAAGAAUUCCUGCCAUUUGAAGCUGUCCUACCGAGUUGCCACGGCAACGAGAAGAAGGAAAAACCCGUCAGAUCUGAAGAUUGCAGUUUACAAUUACUGUUCUUCACUCCUCGGCCUCAGUUGCUCCAGUUUAGUUUGCAAUCUCACUCAAUCUGUCCGACUGUACCUUGGUGUUCGACAGCCUCCACCCCUCUGCCCUUUGUCCCUGGAUUCCUCCUGCAGGACACAAGGUUUACUCCAAAUUUUCUCUGAAUGUUAAAAGACCAUGACAUCCAAACCCGACCUUGGGGGAGCAGAAAAAAAAAACAAAUCAAAACAGAUUGACUCCAUUUUUUUCUAUCUGUUGACUUGUUGCUAUUCAACUGUUCAGAAAAUAUUUUGUCUGUGGGUUAGUAUUUGUAUAUGUAUGAGUGUAUGUAUAUAUAUAUAUAUAUAUAUUUAUAUAGAGAGAAGAGUUAUACCACAGGUUUAGCUUUUAUACCAUGUUCAUCUGGAGCGUGAGAGGGGAGGGAGCAGAAAACCAGAGCCACAGAUGAAUUGUAGCUGUUCCAGCAUGGCUAAACCUGCUGUGUUUGCUGUCUAGAGCGUGGCCAGGAGGAGCGAGCCUGUGGCCACCCCACCCCACCCCGGGCUCUGCCGUGGCCCUUCUCGUACCUCAGGUUCAGCAAACAAGAAAUGCCAGUCCCUGGGGCUUGUUCCUGAUCUGAACUGCUCUGCUGAGCCCCAGAGGGAGCUGAGGAUGCAGGAGGAGCAGCCAGGUGUGAGCCAAGCACAGCCUGGUUUGAGGGGCUGAAGGCUGGAAGGUUCUCUGGGGCAGGUGGCAGGAUGUUUUUAUCAGCUCUGCAGGUGAGAAGCCAACAGAGCCUCGGUGUUUGCCAGAGCGCUGAUCUCAGGCUCUGUGCCAGGAGCAGCACAGGUGCCCUGUUCUAUAAAUACCCUCACAAACACACAAACCCAUCGUUUUGGAGAUAUAUAUAUAUAUAUACAUACAUACACACGUACACAGUUUCCAGUUAAGAGUAACAAGAGCAUUUCUUUGUGUGUGUAAACUUACCACACCUGUUUGCAGACAUGGGAAAAAAGGGUGUUUGUUCUCUAUGAAUAUGGAUCCUUUUUUAUUCUGUGAGCAUGUAAGGUCAAAAAAAAAAAAAUUCCUUCUAACUGUAUGAAGAUGAUCAUCUUGUUAAUAAACUGUAAAUGAUCCAUCAAAGCUCACACCAAAUUUUUAUAAAAUCAACACAAAAAGUAUACUAGUGACAGACUGUGGCUUUUAUUAGAGCUUGCCAGUAACUAGGGUAAGGUAAGUGUCUUAGACUAUUUUAAUAAACUUGCUUAUUUAAAGUUUAAACAAGAAAGCUUCCUUAUGCAAUAGAACUUUGCAGCUGCAUUCUUUAGUUAGCAUUUUUACAGUACUUAUGGGUCAUACUCAAUGACAUCCUUACUACAGUGAGAUUAUGAGCAUAUCUUCCACACCACGUCUAUGUUUCGCAAUAGUAAAGAUUUUUGGAAACGUUAAAAAUAAGUCCAGACAUAUAUUUAGUUUCCCAUAAUGCUACACUAGAUAUUAAAUGUGUGUUGGUGGUUAAAAUUUGCUGUACAAUAGCUUUUCUCCGACUACCUGUAUUGUACCAAAUAUGAAACAGGUUUUUUUUUUAUCUUUCUCCCAUUUUUUUUUUAAUCAAAAGGAGUAAUAACAACAGCGACAGAGGAAAAAUGAGUUUGUGUUGUGAGCUUUCCUAGCGUUGUAGAUUUCUUGAUAAGAUAUGAGCUGCCUUCAGAGCAGUUUUUCUCUUCCAGCUUAACUCCUGCAGUCCUGACCAAGUGAAAUCCCCCCCUGGUCCCUGCAGGAGCCUCUGGGUCACCAAAGAGGCACUUCAGGGUCAGUGGGAGCUGGUCAAGGACAGCAGGAGUGGCUUUGGCAGCUUCAGGCAUCCCAGGUGGGAAGUGCCUGAUCCCAAACAUUGACAUGGGCACUCUUCAUGUCCUCUCUCCCUGCCCAUGCCUUCUACUGAGCCCACGCUGCUGCUUUGCCAUCAACGAUCACGUCUUUUUUAUUAAAAAAAUUAUAUAUUCUUUUCAAUGAAAUUUUUCCAAAAGGAACGAUUCUAAACUCCUGUACGGCACCUCUGGAAUUCCAACGUGUAUGUUCAAUGAAUGCACCCAAAGAUAUUCUGCACCCUGUGCUUUGAGCUACAAAACCUCUAUCUUGAAUAAAAGAAAUUAUAUUACCCUCCCCCACAAAUACUCUUUUCUACUUGCUUUUUUCCUCUCUCCACCGAGCCAAACUCACCUCUGGAAAGACCCCCCUUGACUCUGGUGUCAACAAAUGCCAGAAAAAUCUGCCCCUCCCUGCUUUAAACCAAGGCUCACUGAGCACUUGGUGGAUCAUUCCAAGGGCAGCCAAAAUGAGAAACGAAGAGAAAACUCUUCUGCCUGGAGCUAGAACAGGGGGAAGACUCCUCCUACCACCCUGUGCCCAAGGAUAAGAUCUUUCUUCUUGGAUCCACUGAAAAAUUUUGAUGUGCAUCGAGGUCAGAGUCUGGCUGAAGCUCUGACCCAUGGUGCAUCCAAGCCUCCAUUCCUAUUUUCCCUUUAUUUCUGUUCCCACAUUAAAGCAGGAAUAAAAAUAAUAAUAAAGCCUUUCCCAAGCGUACCCAAGCACUCCAGGAGAAGAUGAAGCUGCCAUGUCAAUGCUUCUCCCCAUUUGACACAGACUGUGGCACGUUCGUGGUGUGACACAAGUGAGGAACCGCAGCAAAAUCUGAAUUUUCCUACCUGAAUAGAGAGUGUCACCUCUGGCUCAAAAAACCAAUGUCCAUUUCCUGAAACAAUGGAGCAACAAUGAUUUACCCUAUGAUUACCAGUGAUUUAAUUCUACAAUACAAUGAAAAAGGAGAAAACUUACAAAAUUGCUUGCAUCAUUUUCUAAUAGUUGAUUAUGUUUAACAUUUGUUCAGCCAAGUUUGCUGGUUUUAUAGCAUACCCCUUAUUCCUACCCAGCUAUUUCAGUCCCACCAACAUUUAUUUCAGUCUGUGUUUGCAGAUAUAUAAAUUCUGUCUAGACCUGGAAAGGCAGUGAACUUGUUAUCAUUUUGUAACAUGCACAAAACUUUUUAUUUGUAAAAGUCAUUUCACUUGAAAAGACUAUGUGUUGCUGAAACAAAAAUUGGGAAUAACAAUCAGUGAGAGGGGUUUAUUAGCAAAGGAAAAUUCUCAUUUUUGGUGUGGUUGCUAAUUGAACCCUGCUCUGUGCUCCUCCUGUGUGCUUUUCCAAGAUGCCUGUGUGCAUUUAUUAAUGUCCAUUUUGUUCAGUAGCUGUAGGUCUGAAGAGUAAUUAAAAGAGGGAAAUGAGGUGAAUUUCCUGCUGGGUGUGGAGGAAAAUUAGGUAAGGAUGGAGCACUGGUAACUCCCUGAGCCCUGUUCUCAUCGUGUUUACACUGCUGGAAAUCAAACAGCAGCUCCAUCACCCAAACUGAGAUCCAACUAAUCAUAUUUAGGUGAAAUUUUACCUCCCCACAUACUGCUUUUUUAUUUUUUUCUGGUUGGCUGUGAAGAGUAAAGCUGCAGUAUUUGUCACAGGAUUGCUGAGUGCUUACACAUUAUCAGAAAUCUGGGGUUUGUGACAUCCAGCCACCCACAGGUGACUCCUGCCCUUCCCUGACCAUCUGAAGGUGUCUCUAAUGCUCCCAGAGUAAUUUGGUUUAAUUUUUAUUUGAAAUGGAUGGGGUCAGAUAAUUUGUCCUGUUUUCUUACAUACUUGUUUUUUGGAUCACUAUAAUACAAACCUUAUUAAAUUAUGGACUUACAAGAAGUUUGUAGGGCCCUAUCUUAAAUGCCUUAUCACUACAAAAAGACGUCUAUGAUAUUGACAACUUUUGUCUUUCCUUUGCAAAGGCUUCUUGUCUGAAAUACUGAGAAGCUGCCAAUUUUCUUCUCAAAUGUUGCUAAUUCACUUGGAGCAGAAUUCUGUACACAAAUAAUUUUACAUCACUUGGUCCAAAGGCUAAGUUACUUUCAGAAUAGGUUUAAAAAUGUCUUAUUUAAUCAAAAGAAAAAAUAUAAUUAUACUAAAGUCACAUUGACUCGAGAACACCAAGUCUAAAGCAAAACUCAGCUCCUGUCUUACCUUUAUUGCAUCUCCAGAAAACUCUGUUGUCUGAGAGAUCCAGUCCAAUGCUAACACAAAGAAAAACAAAACAGCAAUUAUUUUCUUUCAGUUAACUCUGUGCUCUAUAAUCCUGAAGAAGUAACAUGCAGUGCACAUUAGUAAUUAUCAUUAUAACUAUUCUCUUUAAAGCACAUAGAGCUGAGUCUUUCCUGCACAAAGCCCAUAACCCACUGGCUGCCCUGCUCUCCUGCCUCACUCACUCCCCAGGAGCUGCUCUGGGUUUGUCCCUGUGGGAUGGAUGUGCUCCCCACCCUCCCUGGAAAGGUUCCAGUUGCACAACUGCUAUGUGUGUAUAUAUGUAGAUAUAUAGAGAUAUACACAUAUAAAUAUAUAUAUAAUAUAUAUGCAGGUGGAAGGAGGUUGAUACAACACAGGGACUUGGAAUGAGCAGUUUAAUUCCCUCAAUUAAGGAUGAAUUCAUGAGAUAAGGGACAGCAUGUACUGGCAGUCUGAUUUAAAGCAAAUAAAAAAGGCAAAAGCCCACACACUAAGCCCUAGGCUUAUCUCAACUCUCCUGUUGUAUUUCUGCUACCUUGAGCUGUCCCCUCGGACCACAAUUACAUCAUUUGAAGAUAUGCAUCACUGUUUACCGACUCAUUUUUAGUUGUCUGUGGAUCAGCAGGUCACCAGUGGUGGAAAGGGAAGGGUUAAGAGGCAGAAUUCCUCAUUCCUGAGCUUUCAGUGGGACAGCUGCUCGGGAAAGUUUCAUCCAGCCUUGAACAUUCCACUCCUCCUCUGCAUCAGCAAGUGACUGCACCCCGUAAUUUGGGGUGAAAUGAAUGUAGUCUAGAGCCAGGCUGGGUGUUUGGAGGUGCACACACGCCCUGCCUGGGACUGGAGCUGAGGAAUAAAUCCGUGUCUGGGGCACUGUGAUGGGGAACUCAGCACAAACAAAUUGUGUUGUUGCUGCCAUUUCAUCCAGAACCCUCCUGUAAAACCACAUCUACCCCAUAACAACCUCUGUCCCUUUAAGUUACCAUCAAGGUUAAUUCUUUUUAUGUUUCUUUUUUUUCUUUUUUAAUAGUCCAAGCAAGGAGGAAAAUAUUUUGUUUGACUUUCAAGACGCUUUAUUCAGCUGCUUUUCCAGUUAAUCAUUCCUUUGGGCCCUAGUUGCUGAAUCGCUUGCUGUUUCUGAGGUGUAAAUAAACGUUUUGAUUUAUGACGUGGUUGCAAAGAAACUUGUAAUUUAUUUGUGAAAUGCUCAAAUAAAGGAUGUAUGGGCUUUUA